AUGGAGAGACGGGGCAGGUUAUCGGUGGUCGCGGGCCUGGCCGGGAUCGUGGGCAUUGCGAGCAGCGUGCUGAAUAUCAUUUUUGCAACAAAUAUCACCAAUGUUACGGUGGUGUCAGGCCUUCGAGAUCUACUUUACAUCUCCUUCGCCCUGAGCCUGGUCGACCUCGCGGCUCUGGCUUAUUUUGGCACGCUGUUUCUAAGGAAACUCUGGAGUAAAGUGCAGCACUCGAAACCAAGUUCAUGGGGACUCCUUUACGGCGGAGUGGUUUUGGCGGCAGUCAGUGUCAUCGUUUCCGGAGUCGCCUUGGUGUGGGUGGCUGUUAAACGAAAUGACCUCCCAACAGAGAUAUUGAACACCUCACUCGCCACAUUGCUGGGGAUAUGGUUCGCUGUGUGGGCGAUUUUUGCUCUUUUGCAACUCGCCCUAUAUAUUCUUCUCGCUUCCUGGACCAAGACUGCCUCAAUGACAACAAGAGUCAGCGAACUCGACCUGGACUUUGGCGUCAGAGGUCGGUCCAUGAGCGCUGUCACGAGGCCGGGCACUCAACAGACUAACCAAUCCUUCGGCUCGCAAGACUUGACUCUUCACUCACCGCCACGCACUCCUGUCUCAAGGGGAGAGCCUUCGACACGCAGAUCGUCGUCGACAAAGGUGGGAACCGGAUCAUCGAAAACGAAACGGAUGCGGCGUUCCAGUCGAUCUUCGCUUGAAAGCUCGCCGUUCCCAGCGGGCGAGGCUAUGUCUAUAGACAGUGCCUUCGACAGCUGGGACACGUCGUCCGUCCAUCAUGAGAUGCGGGUUGUCAUCCAUUCAUCUCCCCCAGUCGCCCACGGAGCUCUGGCGACAAUACCGGGCAGUCGACCUGACUCACCUGCCCAUGCGCUAGAUGGUCCAUUCCUGCCUGAGCCACACUCUCCUACCUCAAGUUCGCCACCGCAUGCCGCAACCUCGGACACUGCGACUGCCUACGGCUGGAGCUCGUCGCCACGGCAGCCCAAAUCAUCACCACCGUCCAGUCCAAUCAAUUUCUCCCGGCCAACAUCACGACCGUCGUCGUCACAUAUCAGCAAGCCACUACCACAGCCACCUAAAAUUGGCAAGUUAGAGUCCCCUCUGCAGGAAGAACUAAUACACCCAUUGUUCCGAGCGAGCAGCCCUCGACCACCUCCGAUUGCUAUCGCUGGCACCAUGGUCACAGCGUCGCCCAUGGCCAACACUACCAUCACGCCUCGGACGCUCGCCAGUCUACGGAGCAAUUCUCACCUCGCGCUUGAAAAUGUGAAGCCUACGGCCAAAAGCGCGGACGGAUCCGAGACAGAGGACGAGGAACAGUUUCUGCCGGAUAGCCCUACGCUGGGCAGUCCAUCGCUUGGUAGCCCCGGCCCGUCGAUUGUGGAUGAAGCGGACCUCCCCCCGAUCCUCCCGGGAUUCGUGCUGUCUGCGGGAUCGCGGACCAGCUUGGUGGGGUAUGGAAAGCGCAAGAGCGUCAAGAAGGAUCGACCCAACUCCCAAGUGUCGACGCGCAGUCGGAUGAGUCAGGUCAUGGUCUGA